GACUGGAUUGAGAUGAUGAAUCUAUGAAAUAUAUUACAUAAGAUACUAUAAAAACAAGGCUAAAUUCCCAUACACCAAAGGAAUCAAACUGAAAAUGGACAAGCCUGCAAACAACAUGAAGCAAAUUUGACACAAAACAGAUAUUUCACUGUGUACAAACAAUAGCUCUUGGCUGAUAAACGGAAACAAGUUUUAAGGUUGUUUGUAUUGUCAUGAGAUCAUGUAUUGCAGAAUCACAUGUCUCCAUCAAAUGACUGGGGAUUUUCUGAUUGCAUAUGAAGGGUCUGUAAAAAAGAUUUUUCAGAUAUUAUUUGCUAAUAGCUAAUAGAGUGAUUUUGUUCUAGAUCUCUAUUUUCUAGUCUUGAUAAAAACAGUGUAAUCUUUACGUCCCUAAGAAAGCUUCUCUCUGUGUUGGCAAGGAAAUGAUAGAAGAAUGUAAUUAAGCAAAGAUGACCCUAAAGUGAAAUGUGGAUUCUUUACAAUAUACAAUGUCCUUCCCACCAGCCACAUGUGUUUGUCAGAUGUUUACAGAAUCUUCAUUAACUAAGAGCCUUGCUAGAUAACAGAAGCUGAAGCAUGGCAUCAAUGACUCUGAUAAGGGCAAGUGUACGACCAAUCUGCUUGACAACUGACAAGAGGCUGGGGUUUGAAGCAGACUGCAAAAAGAGCACAAGAAAGUGAUUUGCAAAGGGCAUUCCAGUUGUUAGCCUUACAUCUUCUUUCCUCUGUCUGUAAUGAAACAAGACUGUUAAUCAGCUAAAAUACCCUUGUCCUCUUGUCUCUCCACCAGAAAGUAAAUAUAGAAGAAAUGCAUUGUUUUGGAGUAUUAGCUGCACUGUCUGUUUUCAACAUCAUUGCUUGUUUGACAAGAGGCAAGCCUUUGGAAGACUGGGACAAGUUAUCAGCUAUGGGAAAGUCUGAUGCACACUUUCAUGAUCCUGGGGAAGUAGAAGAUGAGUCCCAUUUUGACUUUAAAUCUUUCCUGGAGAAUAUGAAGACGGAUUUACAAAGGAGUUUGAAUUUGUCAAGAGUCCCCUCACAAGUGAAGACCAAAGAAGAACCACCACAGUUCAUGAUUGAUUUAUACAACAGAUAUGCUGCAGACAAGUCCUCCAUCCCUGCAUCCAAUAUUGUAAGGAGCUUCAGUACUGAAGAUGUUGUUUCUUUAGAUUCACCAGAAGAAAAUCCAUUUCAGAAACACAUUUUGUUCUUCAACAUCUCUAUUCCACAAUAUGAGGAAAUCACCAGAGCUGAACUGAGAAUUUAUGUCUCCUGUCACAGAGAAGCUGAGUCUCUCUCUAGGCUGGAAGGCACCAUGGUCAUUUAUGAUGUUCUAGAUGAUGGACAGUGGGAAAACCAAGAAAGUACCAAAUCUUUCCUUGUCUCCCACAAUAUCCAGAAGUGUGGUUGGGAGAUGUUUGAAGUGUCCAGCGCUGUGAAAAGAUGGGUCAGAGCAGACAAACUGAAGACUAAAAACAAGCUAGAGGUUGUUAUAGAGAGUAAAGUUCUGAGUGGUUUCACUUGUGAGAAGCUGGAUAUCAGUGUUGCCCCGGAUGCUAAAAAUCUGCCCCUGUUAAUGGUGUUCUCCAAUGACCGCAGCAAUGGAACAAAAGAGACCAAAGUAGAGCUCCGGGAGAUGAUUGUUCAUGAACAAGAAAGUGUGCUAAAGAAGCUAGGAAAGAACAACACUUCAUCUGAAGAGGACGAACAGGGAGAGGAAAAGGCCAUCACUGGGCUGCACCAGCAUUCCUCCAGAAGCAAGAGAAGCAUUGGGGCCAACCACUGCCGGAGAACUUCCCUCCAUGUGAACUUUGAAGAGAUUGGCUGGGAUUCCUGGAUCAUCGCACCAAAAGAUUAUGAGGCUUUUGAGUGUAAAGGUGGUUGCUUCUUCCCUCUGACAGAUAACGUUACCCCAACAAAACAUGCUAUUGUCCAAACUCUGGUGCAUCUCCAAAACCCAAAGAAAGCCUCCAAGGCCUGUUGUGUUCCAACCAAACUGGAUUCAAUCUCCAUUCUUUAUAAGGAUGAUGCUGGUGUGCCUACUUUGAUAUAUAACUAUGAAGGGAUGAAAGUGGCAGAAUGUGGCUGCAGGUAGCAUACAAGGCAGAAUCUCUGAGAAUAAGAAUACCCCCUUUUUCUGCUCUGUGUAAAUCUGUACAGCAGUGAUGCAAAUGAAAAUCCUUGCAAACAAGGUUUGGAGCAGGGUAUGGGGCUGCUUUGGGGUUUGCUGCUUGUUUUAAAGGAAAAUUGUCAUUUAGAGAAUGGCAAUUAUUGUAAAUAGCCAGCAUUACAUAUCAUGGCAAAGUGAAUACUGGAUUAAAAUAUUGUGAGAUUGAAUGAACUAUACAUUAUCUGCCAAUGUGAUACAGUUUGAAUACCUUAUUUCAACCUUUCUGUUUAAUCAAUUCUGUUUAGGUCACAAACGAAAGGAUUUUCAAUGGAGAUUCAGGAUGUCCAGCAAAUGUUUAACAGCUAUUGAAAUCUAAUUCUCUCAGCCAACUCUGACAUUUUCAACUUCUGUAAAACUCUGUAAAUGGAAUGUAGUCUGCAUGAUAAAGUCAGGACUCUAAAUCCAGGAAGCCUUUUCUCAUAUCAAUAAUCUCAGAGGCUUUUACAGGCAAAUUGUUUGCUCCUGCAAGUGAAGAUUUGCAGUAUUCAAAACAGAAGAGACUCUCAGUCUUCCUUCAUUCCCAAGUUUCCUUCUCUGGGUAGCAGGUGCCUUAAUUUCAGCUUUCUUAUCCUCAACGUCCCUAUUUUUACCCCUUUAUGGCACAUACUUGAAUGAUAAGAAGUGCAGCCUUCCGCUUCUAAGACACUGUUUCCUAGGAGGAACAGCAGCCCUUAUCUCUGCACAAAGAUAAGGAACCACUUUGACCUACUGCAUAUUCUUAGUAUUUCUUUGCAAGAACAUGCAGUCAAAUGACGUUCAGCCUUAGAAGCUGUAUCCUAAGAGCAGUGGGGGUUGGCAAAGCUCAGCACUUUUGAAAAGCCCAGGCUACUUAUUUGGAGGUCUAAAUACAUUGUUUAGAGUUUGACACAAGGUUCUGGGGGUUUUUUAAUUUCUUCUUGGGAGAAACUCCAUUUUAUAUACAAAAUUCUUUCACCCCUUAGAAGUCAGGGAAAAUCAGAAAACUUUCAUCACUUUUCUAUGAAGCUUAUGCUGCUGUAUGAGAAAUAUACUAUCAUACAGUAUUUCUCCUGACCAGUUGUAUUUUCACUAGACAAGGACCCCAU